GGCUGGUGGAUGCAUCGGCUCAGCCGGGCGAAAAAAUUUCAAAAUCCUCUGCAACAUCUUGAGUCUGUUCCGGUUCCAGCUCCGGUUUUAGGAAUUUACGCAGUUUUUGUAUCAUCUUGCAACUUUCAAACAAAAAAUAAAUUAAACUUUUCGUUUACUGAGAAAGGGGAAAUUUCAAAUGUGAGAGGGUCCAGGGACAAGGUGUAUUUAAAUGAAUAGAGACCAUGCGAAGAGGCUCUGCAGAUCUCUCUACUGUGGCAAACGGUUCAAAACGAUUCCCAUCAUCAAAUUUGUACCCUUCAAAAAUGUUGGAACAUUUUCAUUUCUGUCACAAAUCUAAGACUCUAAAUUUCAGCCUUUAAGAAAAUUCAAAUUUGUAACAUUUCGUAGUUUUUGAUCAUCACCAUCAUGUCCAAAGGCACGGGACCGAUGUCUAAAUUGUAUAAUGCUAUCAUUCUCAGCGUAGACAAGAUUGUGCCCCAAGCAGCUCAGCCGCUGUGGCAGUCACCAGCAGGGCCGAAAACUGUCUUCUUCUGGGCCCCGUUUUUUAAGUGGAGCCUAGUUGCGGCUGGACUAGGCGACACUUUGAGUCGCCCGGCUCAGAAUAUUUCGCUGAAUCAAUGCGGCUCCCUGGCGGCAACUGGCUUGAUCUGGUCCCGCUACUCAGUGGUUAUUAUACCAAAGAAUUACAGCCUGCUGGCCGUCAAUAUGGCUGUCUUCUUCAUCCAGUCGUUUUUGGUAGUUAAGCAUCUGAGGUGGCGCAACGAAAAGGCCCGGAAUACUGUCUUCAAGCACCCGUACUAUCCCAUUUGGUCGGGCGAUGAUUGGUGAGAUCUGUAACGCCACAAUACUGAUGAUAAAUAAAACAUAAUCACUUUUGGUUUGCCGCUCUGGA